GCCUUUUUAUCUCCCUCCUCCCGCUGCCCCCGUCUCGUCGUCCCCUCCAUCCCCACCCCACCACCGCCUUUCCCCCAUUCCCGAGCCUCCCGGAAACCCAUUCCCACCGCCAGCAACGGCGCAGCAGAAGAUGAAGCUCUCCGUCCAGUCCUUGGCCAGGAAGCUCUCCCUCCCGUCCCCGAAGCGGUCGUGGAGCGGCGGCAAGAAGGACGGGAGCGGCAAGCGCUCCCUGUCGCGCAGCGAGGCGCCGUCGUUCGCGUCGGCGUCCUCGUCCUCCUCCGACGAAACGCUCGCCCGGUCCUCCACGCCGCGGUCCGUGCUGAUGCCGCUGUCCCCGGCCGAGAUCCCGCGGCGGGAGCUGGAGGCCGUGCUGCGGCGCCUCGGCCACGGUGAGCCCUCCGACGACGAGCUCGACGCCGUGGCCGCCAUGGCCGCGCAGGCCCCCGCACCCGGCGGGGAGGACGAGCUCAUGGAGGCGUUCAGGGUCUUCGACGCCGACGGCGACGGCCGCAUCACCGCCGAGGAGCUCCGCGCCGUCAUGGAGGCCAUCCUCGGCGGCGGCGCCGAGGGAUGCAGCCUCGACGACUGCCGCCGCAUGAUCGGCGGCGUCGACGCCGACGGCGACGGCUUCGUCGGCUUCCAGGACUUCGCGCGCAUGAUGAUGGCGACCGCCACCGCCGCCGUCGACGCCCGGGCCUUCUUGUGAUCCGUUCCUCUCCAUCAUCAUCUUGGCUUGUUUCCCUGCUUCCCGCCAAAGAUGGGAUGGCCCCGUCGGCCCUGAUGCGCGCUAUAUAUCAUCUUCUCCAAAGAUCUUUUGGGCGCGCAGGAUGAUAGGCUGCUACGAUCGAUCUACUAGUAGGAGUACGCCAUUAAAGGAGCUUGCUUGCUUGCUGCUAAUCCAUGCACGAUUAGCGAGACCCCCGCGCAUGGAAUUGCAAGUUCCUUGUAAAAUUAUUUGUCGCGAGAGAGUGAGUAUAACGGCAAGGCGAAUGAUUGGUUCUUUCGAAUUUUUUGAAUUUAUUUGAAUCCCGAUUCCGACAACUAAUGGGUGCAUGUCGAGAUUGUAUCUGUUGCCAACUGCCGGUGGUGUCGAGAUUUGGAAGAAAUUUGGCUGUACGCGUUGGAUGAA